AUGCGCUUUUCUCAGACCACAAUUAUGUAUUAUGGACUUUUAACAUUGAUGUCAAUUGGCACUGGCAUUCUUUUCGUCAGUUGUUAUUUCGAUAAUAUCUUUCCGCUACAGUUGGUAAAAACAAAGGCAGUAGUAAUUACAGAUAAACAUGUAUACAAGAAAAUAUAUUCAAUAACAUGGAAUAAACGACCCCACGUGAUACCAACAGGUCUGCUCAAAUACAAAUUUAGGAAUUGUAAUUUCAGGAAUUGCAAGAUUAAUGUAGCAUCGAAUGAAACUUCACUUAGUAAAAGCGAUGCUGUGUUAUUUUAUCAUACUAGCCUUAAUGGUAAGGUUCCAAAUAAGUCAUUCAGUCAGAAAUGGGUAUUCAUUUCUGUUGAAUCUAAAGCAUAUACAAACAAAAACUUUAUAAAAAAAGAAUGGGACAAUAAAUUUGAUUGGGUACUCAGCUAUAGAUCAGAUGCUGAUAUAUAUUUUCCGUAUGGACUACUGGCAAGAACAAAAAUACAAUCUGAAAAAAACUACACACAAAUUUUCCUUCAAAAGAUAAAAAAUGUUGCUUGGGUAGUAAGCAAUUGUAAAGCUGUAUCAAAGAGGAACACAUAUGUUAAGAAGAUGGAUAAAACAAUAGAUGUUGACGUGUUUGGAGGGUGUGGUAAAAAGUGUUCUUCUCCUUGGAAUGAUGACUCCUGUUUCAACGAUUUAAGUAAAGUAUAUAAAUUUUACUUGGCAUUUGAAAACUCUCUUUGUGAUGACUAUGUCACUGAAAAGGCAUACCGGUUCUAUCAGGAUGGUUUUGACCUUAUUCCAGUGUACCGAGGAGCUCCGAAUGUAAGAAACAUUUUACCAAAAGGUACAUAUAUCUCCACAUUAGAUUUUUCAACACCUAAAGAACUAGCUUUGUAUCUAAAACAUGUGGGAAGUGAUGAACGUUUGUACACUAGUUAUUUGAAAGCAAAAGAUCAGUUCUUCUCAAGCUCGUAUUCACAGCAGGAGAUGUUGCAAACUCUUCAUUGUUCUGUUUGUGAAAAACUAAAUAUAGGGUAUCAACGAGGCAUUAAAUUUAAUUUAACACACUGGAUACUUGAAAAGAAAUGCCACAUUCCCACAGAUAUUUGA